AUGGGUCAAAUAUCAACUCCUACAAGAUCAUCGCCAAAUGCUGGCUCAAACUCCACUGGGUCAACAAAGAAGCAAUCAUCUUUGAUGGAUUUCUUCAAGCCAAUGGCAUCUAAAGAUAAACUGAAACCAAAACAACAACCACUGCCAUUAUCUUCGUCUCCACUUAAGUCCAAAUCCAAUGAUACUAAACCAUUUUUAUCAAGUGACAAAGAAAAUGACGAUCAUUCAAUUAUGGAUAAUUAUAAGAAUACUACAUUGGCAACAUCCCAACCGGACGGCCCUGGCCAUAAUCAAAUAAAACCACAAUUGGCCUCUUCGCCAGCAGUGUCGAAACAAGUAGAAGUGAAAAAAGAAAGGAAACAACCAUUAAAGGAGAAAACUACAGCUGCAUUAAAUUCGAGUCCAGUUGCUUCAACUCGUCGUGGCAAGAAAAUUAACUAUGCCGAGUCUGAUGACGAAGAAGAAGUUUUCAGCAGUAGAAAAAAGAGAAGAAUUGUUCAAGAUGACAGUGAAGAAGAAGAAGAAGAAGACUUUAAGCCAACUGAUUCAGGUAGUGAUGAUGAUGAUGAUAUGAGUGAUUUUGUUGUUGACGACGACGACAAAGAUGAAGACAUGGGACCGGUACUGGAUGAUGACGACGACGACGAGGUGGUUGCCCCAAAAAACAAAACCAAGAAACCAUUAUCCAAGGAUAAACCCAAGUCAUCAAAGCCCAAUAGUCUGCUGGUUUCAGGUAUUCUUGGCAGAUUUGAUGCUGGUUCUUCUCGUCAAUCUAGUUCUGUGGCCACACCAAAACCUAAAAGAACCCCCAUUUCAACUCUUACACCUCCAAAGAAGUCUUUUGAAAAAGAAAAUGAAGAAAGGUAUCAGUGGUUGGUUGAUAUUAGAGAUGCUGAGAAACGCCCUGCUGAUCAUCCCGACUAUGAUCCAAGAACCUUGUAUAUUCCACAAUCAGCUUGGUCCAAGUUUACUGCUUUUGAAAAGCAAUACUGGCAAAUCAAAUCCAAAAUGUGGAACACUGUUGUUUUUUUCCAAAAGGGGAAAUUCUAUGAGUUGUAUGAGAAUGAUGCUGUUAUUGCCAAUACACAGUUUGAUUUGAAAAUUGCUGGUGGAGGUCGAGCAAAUAUGAAAUUGGCCGGUAUUCCAGAAAUGUCGUUUGAGUAUUGGGCCAAGGAAUUUAUCAGUCAUGGAUAUAAAGUUGCCAAAGUUGAACAAAAGGAAUCUAUGUUGGUCAAACAAAUGAGGGGUGGUGCCACUAAAGAAGAAAAGAUUAUUGAAAGAGAAUUGAAGGGGAUAUUGACUGGAGGAACAUUGACAAAUUUGGAUAUGAUCAGCAACGAUAUGGCUACUUAUUGUUUAAGUAUUAAAGAAGAGGAGAAGGAAGAUGGUACUAAAACUUUUGGUGUGGCUUUUGUAGAUACAGCCACUUCUGAAUUGAAUUUUAUUGAACUAGACGAUGAUGCAGAAUGUACAAAAUUAGAUACAUUAAUCACUCAAAUCAACCCUAAAGAAAUAAUCUGUGAAAAGAGAAACUUGUGUCAAAUUGCUACCAAGAUUCUUAAAUUCUGUGCCCAUAGUGAUCACCAAAUUUGGAAUGCAUUAAAUCCAAUCACAGAAUUUUGGGAUUAUGAUAUUGCUCUUGAGCAGUUGGUUAAGGCCAAAUACUAUGAUGCAGAAAACUUGGAUGAUUACUCAAAAUAUCCAAAAGUUUUAGUUGACUUCAAGGAUAAUCAUCAGGUCACCUUUAACGCCUUUGGUGGAUUGUUAUAUUAUUUGAAAUUGUUGAAAUUGGAUACAAGUAUCAUGAGUCUUGGCAAUAUCCAUGAAUACCACAUUUCUCGCAAUUCAGCUUCCCACAUGAUUUUAGAUGGUAUUACGUUAAACAAUUUGGAAAUUCUCAACAAUACGAGCGAUGGCACUACUAAGGGUACCCUUUUCAAAUUAGUGAAUCGUGCCACUACAUCAUUUGGCAAGAGACAACUACAAAAAUGGGUUUUGCAUCCAUUGUUUAAAGUAGACGAGAUCAAUCAAAGAUAUGAUGCAGUUGACUAUUUGAUGAAUGAUGGAUUAGAAUUGAGGUCUAUUCUCCAGGAUACUUUGGCAAAUAUUCCUGAUUUGGAAAGACUUUUAGCAAGAGUUCAUGGAGGAACAUUGAGAUUUAGAGAUUUCUUAAAAGUCAUUGAAAGUUUUGAAAGCAUUGCUAGUGUCAGUUCCAAGUUGGUUGAUUUCACCAAUGUUGAAAGUGGUAUGCUCUACAAGUACUUGAAAAGUUUCCCUCAUGAAAUGUGUGAAUUAAUUCAACAAUGGGAAGAUGCAUUUGAUAGAGAACAGGCUAAAACAGAUACUAUAGUUCCCUCGCCUGGUACUGAUGAAGAAUUUGAUAAUUCACAAGCAUCUAUGGAAGAUUUGAAAUGUCAAUUGGACAAACUAUUAAAGGAAUACAAGAGAACCUACAAAUCACAAGAAAUUUGUUAUCGUGAUUCAGGGAAAGAAAUCUAUCUUAUCGAAGUCCCAUUCAAGCUUAAAGUACCAAGUGAUUGGAAGCAAAUGGGGUCUACUUCAAAAGUCAAACGAUACUAUUCUCCAGAAGUUGAAACAUUGGCUAAAGAAUUAAGAGGUCAACAGGAGUUACACAAAAUGGUUUGUGAUACUUUGAGGUUAAGAAUGUAUGAGAAAUUUGAUAAGCACUACAAUGUUUGGAUGCAAGUCAUCCAGACAAUUGCCAAUAUCGAUUGUUUAUUGGCAUUAACCAAAGCAUCAGAAACAAUCGGAUAUCCUUCGUGUCGUCCAAAACUAAUUGAGGCUGAUAAAGGUUGCAUAGAUUUCAAAGAGUUGAGACACCCAUGCUUUGUGAGCACUAAAGAAUUUAUCCCUAAUGAUGUACAACUUGGAGGUGACCAACCUCAUUUUGGUCUUCUUACUGGUGCCAAUGCUGCUGGGAAGUCAACAUUGAUGAGAACAACUGCAUUGGCUAUUAUCUUGAGUCAAAUUGGGUGUUACAUUCCAGCUGAACUGGCUGAAUUGACACCAGUGGAUAGAAUAAUGACUAGAUUGGGUGCUAAUGAUAACAUUUUACAAGGCAAAUCGACAUUUUUCGUCGAAUUAUCGGAAACAAAGAAAAUUUUGAGCAAUGCAACACCAAGAUCUUUGGUUAUAUUAGAUGAAUUGGGUAGAGGAGGUUCCAGUAGUGAUGGUUUUGCAAUUGCCGAAUCAGUUUUGCAUCAUUUAGCUACACAUGUUCAAUCAUUAGGAUUUUUCGCUACGCAUUAUGGUACUUUGGGGUUAUCUUUUAAAACUCAUCCACAAAUCAAGCAACAACGAAUGGGAAUUAUUGUUGACAAUGAUUCGCGUAAUAUCACAUUUUUAUACAAAUUGGAAACAGGAACAGCUCCUAAAUCUUUUGGUAUGAAUGUUGCAUCAAUGUGUGGUAUUCCUGAUGAAAUUGUUGAUAAUGCAGAAAUUGCCGCCAAGGCAUAUGAACAAACCUCUAAAUUGAAAAAAAUGGCAGAAGAAAGUAAAGGUGAUGAUAUUAGUUUGGGAUUACAAAGUGAUUUUGUUUGGUUAGCCACUGGCAGAAUUGAUGACUUGAGUAAAGAUAUAUUAAAGUACGAUGAACCAAUUCAAAAGAGUGCUCUUGAAAAUAUCUACAAAAUGAUAGAUAAGUUAUAG